GUCUCGCCCAACACUUGGGUGUCCUGUGUUGUCGACCCUGGAGAUGGACGACAGCUCCAGCAGCAAGUCGAAAAAGCGGGAUAUCGAGAGGCCUCGAAUAACUUACCAUACUCCAGACAGGACGUUUGAUCGUCUGUUCAAAGAGAAGUCUUUGGAUGCUACGAAGGAUGUCGUGAGGAAGAAGCUUGGUCUUGAUGCUAAGGUGUCGAUUGAACUUGUGCAACUUCGAGCGAACACAAAAAUUGACUUAGAGGAUGACGAUGACUUUGAUGCCUUUCGUGCGCUCGCACAUACUACAUCUCACGUUGAUGUCAUGGUGAAUAUCGAAGGGCGGGAUCCGGUCAAUCUACCGUCUGCGGGGCCUACACCUUCAACAAAUGCUACGGAGAUCGGCGCACCGGCUCUCGAGCAGAGGAAGGACAGGAAACGCGAACGUCCAUCCUCUCCCGAACCCUCUCCGAUUGCAUCAAACUCUAAACCCGUUUCCUCUUCUUCACGAACCAAAGAAGUUCUUGCCCAGGAUCUCACCGUUUCAAAAGACAUCGAGGUUGCUGAACCGAGAAAGAAAAAGCGCAAAGUUGCCUUCGAUGAAGCGCCAUCUCCCGAGGACACUCCUACGACAACUAACGACACUGAUGCAGAAUUGGCUAUCUCGAAGGAGAAGAAAAAGAAGAGGAAGAAUCCCAAUAGAGACCUCUCUUCGACACCUCAUGCGACCUCUGCAGAGUCGACUUCACCCCGUGCCGUUAGUCCGCCGCGAAUAGCGAAGCAGACGGAGACCGCUGAACCUCAAUCGUCUAAUUCCCAUAAUCCAUCUCCGUCUCAGUCCUCUAAAAAGUCCAAAAGGAAGAAGUCUAAAAUGGAGCAGUCUAGCACCACCAAUCCUACCUCAUCUCUUCCUUCCGUGUCUGUCAACGCAAUAGCACAUUCGUCUACUCCUUUUAUAUCACGACCUUCGGAAGCUGAGAUCUCCAAGAAGAGGAAACGUGCAGAGUCACCUGCCCCUUCGACUCCGAAACCUCUAAACGCCGAACUCUCUACUUCUACACCAGUCGCCGAGGUCGCGGGUAGAAGUCCGCGCAAAAAGAGGAGAAAUAGGAAAUUGAAGGAAGCCCUCAAUUCUCCUAUCACUGACGCCACCGCCACUCCUACUGACGCUGCUAAGCCUGCAAAGCCUAAUGGCCGCUCAACCAUUCCAGUCGAUUCUCCCGUGGAAGCUGCUCUGAACCCUUCUAGCGCAUCUGAAAAACCUCAGGGUAUUCCCAUACGGAUUCCAGGCAGUGUGGCGCCACCUUCACAUGCACCACCCAAAGAUGUGACAGCCGUUGUGGCCACUCCUUCUCCCGCUCCAGAGACCGGCGACACAUCCACGAAGGAAAAGAAGAAGAGGAAGAGGAUUCCGGAGCACGAAAGGCUGAAGAAGGAAAGGAGAGAUGCUAAGAAGGCAGCGAGUGCAGUUGUUGAGGCUCCAGACACUCCGUCCGUUCAACCAUCUGGACAAGUUGAACCACCAUCUGAGCCUGUCGAAGACUCGUCAAGCAAAAAAGCGAAGGAACCACAAGACAAGUCUGGGACGGCUGAUGGUGGGAGUGUUGUCUCUGUCAUUCCGGCGGUACAAUCAGCCUCCGCCCAACCGGCUGCUCCCCCAUCCGUUCCAUCAAACGAGCCUUCUCCAGCAGUUCAAACCACCAGCGAUGCCACAUCUUCUACAUCCAAACCGAAGCCACGCCGAAGCUCGUCCUCGAAAACGCGGCCUAUGACGCGCGUCGACGACGAAGCGUUCGAAGCAGCCAUGAACCGCGUCAUACUGGCCAGCACGCAGGCGAAACCCCCUUCAGCCUCCCAACCUCAUUCAGCUACCUCUCCACAACCAGCUACCCCAACGAUCGCUUCGGCUGCUAUGAAGUUAGCUUUGUCUCUGGCUCCCUCCCCAGCGAAGACGCCCAUACCGAAGGACAAGCGUCGCAAGUCGAGGCUUAGCGUGUCUUGGGUGCCCGAUGAUUCUGAGGCGUCGCCAGAACCACCGAAGUCUACGAAAGAUGCUACGAGCAUUUCUACUGCUCCAGUCGCUAAAGAGUCGGAGGCUAUUGAACAACCUGCACCGAUAGUCCUGGCGCCAAACACACCUGACAAGAGCACAAAGCUACCUGUUGCUCACUCCGCCGAACCACCAACUUCUCCCUCCCCUGCAGUUCCACUCGUCACUGCCUCGCCUAUUACACUUCCGUCCCCUGCUCCUCCCACGGUCGUCAACACUACAGCCACUCCCAACUCGAAACCAUCCACAUCCAAACGAACGAAAGUGAACGAUCCUGUCUGCCCUGCCUGCCUCACCCGGCCAAUCCAUGUUCGGUCUCAAUGCCCCGUCGUCACGGCCGGAGCUGAUUCCAUCGACUUCAGGAUCAUUGAACUCGAGUCUGACCUAGCGGAUCCGGAUCUAGUCAACGAGUUGAAAGAAUUCAGAGUAAAGGCGAGGGGAGAAGAGGAGAAGGCAAAAGUACAGGAGGCCGCGAAACAGGGAAGGGGUAAAGGUGGUGAUCAGGCAGGUGCGAAUGAGGGCGUCAGUGCCAACGUUCCUGUGGUUUUGAAGUUGUUGGACGUGAAUGAGACGGGAUCUGUGAUCAGUGGUGGUGGGUCUGUGUCUGGGGAUGAUACACCUAGGAGCCGGGUCUCGACGCCUUUGAUUCCGGUUGGGGCAAAGUUGGAUGAGGUCACGGUCGAGACCCAGGACGAGGGGAGUAGCAAUGAAGAUUCCGACGAGGAGAGUGAUGAUGCGCAGGAGGGUGGCAAGUCGGGAUUGGAUGUGGAGAAAGAGGAUGAGAAGGAGGAAAGUAGCGAUGAGGAUGGUGUAAAGGAGAAGGAGCCUGAAGUUAACGUUGAUGAGUUGGACCCAUCGCAACUGGAAGAGCAACUUGCAGCUGUCAUUCGUGGCCCUCAACCUUCUCGACCAAGAAGAAGCAUUCUUGAUAGUUUGGACAAGCUAUUCGAACAAGAGGUUACCGAUGUUGGGAGCGAUUCGGAGGAUGAAGAAGAAGAGGUGGUGCUGGAAGAGGAAGAUGACGAGAAGGCGAACAGGGCUCGUCGCCGUCAUUUGCCCCACAGUGGGAGGCAGGUCAGGUCUUCUUCGAGUGAGCCGGAGGCUGCGAAUAACGAGGAGGACGAAGAAGAAGGGACACCACCUACCUUCAUGGAUGGACGUGAAAGGCAGCCAUCGCACGGUCCCUCUGUGGCCUUGCACAGUAGACAAGUUACCGAAGAAGCUGCUGCUGUGCAACCAGAGGUUCCAGAGUAUUUCAACGCAUCGGACAACGAUGUGAUACCGGGCAAGGCUCCUUCAAUCGACACACCUGUGCCCGAAAGUAGUUCAUUGCUCUCGCACCCCUUCCUUGAGCCUGAGACAACGCCAGCAUCGCCUAGCACUCCCGAGCCAGACCAUGACGCUCCUGCCUCGGUCUCGUCUCUUCCCGAGAUGGAGGUUCCAGAGCCGCGGAAAACCUCUCCAGAAGCUUCGCAAGCCGACCCUCCUCCCGCCCCUGUCCUUGGGGAAGCUCUCCCAGUGGUUGAGCCAGAACACGAAGACGUUGGUCUCCCUGAGACAGGCCUUGGCCCGCAACCAGAAAUGACCGCGAAGGAAGCAGAGCAGGCAAGGGGCCAGGACAAUAUCAAUUCACCGAUAGGUAUGGCGUCUCCAACAUCCGAGGCCACAGCCAUCAAUCCAGAGGACGGCAAGUCGACUUCACCCCCCAUUCACGAGGAAGAGCGUCUUGAUCCUGUCGAAGACCACGAGUGCGAUGAACUCCAAGAACUAUCCACGUCGCCCAUAUCAGAGCACUCACCAUUACGGCCUAUCAUUCAAAUCCCGAAGCAAGCUCGGGACGAGGAGCAGGAGUCCAUCGACCCUGAGGAUGAAAUGGACGCCAAGGAGAACGGUCCAGAGGAGGAGGAUCCUAUUGAGGAGGAGGAAGGCCUAUCUCUAUGGAGUGUAAGGGCUCCACCCAGUACCAGCGCUCCAAGAGCGGGUGUGGCAAUGCGCAUGAAGGAUCGCAGAGGGUUGAGGUUGGAAGACAGUCUCCCUGUGCUUGCCUCGCAAGCUUCUCAGAGUUCCGAACCCGUGGAACCCAGCUCCCAAGGGCCCACUCGUAGAUCUGGACGUCUGGCGCAGAGACCCGCGUCCUCGCAGGGGCGCACCACAGCGACUACUUCUGCCACCCCCGAAGUGGACGCAGAAACAGAGCGCAACACGACGCCGGUGGUGACUCGGGCUACAUCCAAGCGACGAGGUCGCCUCACUGAGGAGGAGAAAGCUCGUCGUGCGGCGGAGAAGGAAAGGGCCAAGGAGGAGAAGGAGCGAAUCAGGCAGGAGAAGCUUGCGGCGAAGGAAGUCGAGAAGAUGGAGAAGGAGCGGGUCAAACAGGAAAGGGAAGCUGAAAAAGUAAAAACUGUGGAGAAAGGUCGUGUUGGCGCAAAGGGUCCCAAGCAGUCGGACGGCAGUGCUAUUCCAUCCGCAUCUGUGAAAUCGGCCGCCACUGAGCAUUCCUCUCUAAACGAUGUCGAAGAUGCCUCCCGAUCGGCCACCGGCCAUUCUACAAUCUCGCACGCCCAAGAUAAAGAGCAAGGCGACGACCCUUUGCAGGCUUCCUCAGCACAGUGGGCUGCGAUACCUCAAUCAUCUCCAUCGCAACCCUCGGAGUCAUCUCUGGUCGACCAACUUAGACCCAGCAGCCCUGAAGAUACUUCGGCCCCAGAAGUCCCUGCUUCGCCCUCAAAGGAUCUACUCCCGCCAUCAUCACCGGAGGCCCCAUUAGUAUCUCAAGUAGCCGCUCUGGACGAAUCUCAACAGAACCUGAUUGCUAGGCAUCCUCUCUUCCUCCCUGGUAGCAGUCAGUUCCCCAACGCAAGUCAAUAUGCGAGCCAGCAAAAGGAAGACUCUGAGAGCUCAGCGUCCGAUGGUGAAGAGGAUCAGGUUUCUCCUAAGAACCCUAGACCUUCACUUCGCGCGCGGGUCCCUCCCGCUCCUGCCUUCAGACGCCUCUCACAGCUCGCCAACAGCGAAGUCAGUCUCCUCUCUCCGACUCCACCGACACCUAUUGUCCACUCGGUGGUCUCCACUCGCUCUAGGGUCCCGCCGAAAUUGAGGAAACUACCUUCAGACACCGAGGACGAGAGCAGCUCCGAAGCAUCGGAUUCAGAUGACAGCUCUACGAAGAAAUCGUAUAUUCCCAAAUCACGGAGGGCGGGUGCACCAAAGACGAGGUCCCAGAAGGGUGGUUUGUUCCAGUCUUUUCGGUGAUGCUUGGUUUACUCUUUCUUCUGUUAUUCGUCGUCUACUAUAUGACAUAUGUGAUCGCCGCAUGUCUCUAUCCACAAUACAACUCUCCCUGCAUAUAUCGCUCAAAAUUAUGACCUCUGAACCAACGGCGACGACUCCACUCCCCGAACCCAUGGACAAUUACCCUUGCAUGCAUCGCUCCUAUCGUACUACAUUCAUCUUGCACCCGCG